CUUUUGUUUUUCUUUGUUACUAGUACUACUUUAGAGUUUACACUGUCUUGCUCGUGUCAAAAAAGAAAAAAAAAAGUCGUCGUCUCUAUCGAGUUUUUUUUUACUAUUCUCUCUCGAGAAAAAAAAAAUCAAAGGGGAGAGAAAAUUGCGGAGGAAAAAAGAAAAGAAAGAGAAAAUGGCUCUGUGAUUCUCCAAUUUCUAUAGAGAGAGAGAGAAGAAGAAGAUUGAUUAGAUAAGUUUCUUAAUUCAACGUUGAGAGACAGAGAGAAAAAAAAAAAAAGAUUUUGUCAUUCUUCAAAAUACGUUCUCGCCAUUUGCGCCAUUGAUUAAUUCAAGUGCGUUGAAGUUAGAGGUUAGUUCUACACAAAGCUUGAUCUUUUAGGGGUUUUCUCUAGUUAUUGGAGAGUGGUGAGAAUUAGAAACUGCAUUAUCCGAUCUAAAAUGGGUGAUACAGAGAAGUGUAACAGUGAUAUGAUCCAGAGACUUCAUUCAUCUUUCGGCACUACUUCUUCUUCCAUUCCCAAAAAUCCCAUUUCUCAGCUCGAUUUAAACCCUAAUUUCAUCCGCUCAUCAGCUCCUCAAUUCUCCAAGCCUUUCAGUGACAGUGGCAAACGAAUCGGUGUUCCUCCGUCGCACCCCAACUUAAUCCCACCGACUUCUCCGUUUUCUCAGAUCCCGACCACCCGACAACCCGGUUCGCAUAAUUUUAACCCGGGAGGAGCUAAUCAUUCACGGUCAAUGUCACAGCCCAACUCUUUCUUCUCUUUUGACUCCUUACCUCCGUUAAGCCCUUCUCCGUUUCGAGAUCACGAUGUUUCAAUGGAGGAUAGAGAUUCCGGCGUGUUUAACAGCAACCAUUCGUUGCCUCCAUCGCCGUUCACGAGGUGUAAUUCGACCUCUUCUAGCUCCUUGAGAGUCGGUGAGAGUUUACCUCCGAGAAAGUCUCAUAGACGCUCCAACAGUGAUAUCCCCAGUGGGUUUAAUUCGAUGCCUUUGAUCCCUCCGAGACCAUUGGAGAGGUCUUUUUCUGGUGGGGAGUGUGCUGAUUGGUCAAAGUCUAAUCCUUUUGUGAAGAAGGAAUCGAGCUGCGAAAGGGAAGGUGUCGGAGAGAGAGAAGCUAUGGAUGAUCUCUUCUCAGCAUAUAUGAAUCUUGAAAACAUUGAUGUGUUGAACUCCUCUGAAGCUGAUGAUAGCAAGAACGGUAAUGAGAAUAGGGAUGAUAUGGAGAGCAGCAGAGCAAGCGGGACCAAGACUAACGGUAGUGAUACGGAAGGAGAGAGCAGCAGUGUCAAUGAGAGUGCCAAUAAUAAUAUGAAUUCUUCUGGUGAAAAGAGAGAGAGCGUGAAGAGAAGAGCGGCUGGAGGAGAUAUUGCUCCUACCACCAGACAUUACAGGAGUGUUUCAGUGGACAGUUGUUUCAUGGAGAAGUUGUCUUUUGGUGAUGAAUCUCUAAAGCCGCCUCCUUCUCCUGGAUCUAUGUCAAGGAAAGUUUCCCCUACCAAUUCGGUUGAUGGGAACUCGGGUGCUGCUUUUAGCAUCGAGUUCAAUAACGGUGAGUUUACUGCAGCGGAAAUGAAGAAGAUCAUGGCAAAUGAUAAACUAGCAGAGAUGGCCAUGUCUGACCCUAAACGUGUCAAAAGAAUCUUAGCGAACCGUCAAUCCGCAGCACGGUCAAAGGAGAGGAAGAUGCGGUACAUAGUAGAAUUGGAACACAAAGUGCAGACUCUUCAGACCGAGGCUACCACAUUGUCUGCUCAGCUCACACUUUUGCAGCGCGAUAUGAUGGGGUUGACAAAUCAGAACAAUGAGCUUAAGUUCCGGCUUCAAGCAAUGGAGCAACAAGCGCGUCUUCGCGAUGCUCUGAACGAAGCACUGAAUGGAGAAGUCCAGCGACUGAAACUGGCAAUCGGUGAGAGCAGUCAGAACGAAUCAGAGAGAUCAAAGAUGCAAUCACUCAACGCUGAGAUGUUCCAGCAACUCAACAUCAGCCAGUUAAGACAGCAGCCACAACAGAUGCAGCAACAGUCUCAUCAGCAGAACCACCAGAAUGGAACCAUGGCAACAAAAUCUGAAUCAAAUGAAUAGAGCAGAGAAGUUGUUGCGGUGGAUCAAAGGGUUGGAGUUUUUCAACAAGUUACAUAUCAAAUCAAACAUUAUAUUUCAUUUAUGUGCAGAGUCAGUUGAAUUUACAUAUAUAUCAUAUAAGUCCAAGAAAUUUAAUUUUACAAUAUGUUGUUAUCUUAGAAAGAAAAAAUUCAAUUUAUAGUAGAUAUAGGUAUGAACUAUGAACACAAGUUAUAUGUAAUGGGAUUGAUUGAGCUUCAGACAAAAAGAUUCUCUGUUUGUUUUGUUUUUAGUUUUUAAUUUAGUCUUG